AUGUCGCCAAUCCUUUCCUGGCAAGCUCGCACCAAGCCCAAGCCCAAGAAGCCUCGUUACUACGCGACUGCCCUUACUGAGGAUGAUAAAUUUGACCUUGCAGGAGGAGUGAAUACACGUGAGUGGGCCGCGGAGGACAUGAUCAAGUUCGAAGAAUCGAGGAAGGACUUGGAGCCAGACCCACACAAGGAGAUGGAGGGUUUCCCGCCAGGGUGUCCUGAGCAUGAGGCAGCAAAAUUCAAGCUACAGCGGCUUGCUGUGUUGGAGGAAGAAUAUACGAGGAAGACACAGGCAUCUAAUUCUGGGAAUUAUCUCCCGCCAAAGGAUGCUCGUGCUUCUACUAGUCCAGCAUCUCCAGAUUCACAGAACCCUUUGAGAGAGUCUCUCCAGCCCAUGGGUCUGCCGACAUACAGCGUUCCUAUCUCUUCACUCUCCAUGAAUGAACCUGUCAAUCACUGCUCUAGUCGCGGUACCGACGUACAGCAGAUCACGCAUCUUCGAGCGUCCAGUAGCCCUAUCUCACCAGUUUCACCGCUGUCUCUAGGCGAGCCUCGUGAGCCCUUGCAUUUCCGCACUGGCAGUGCCGGCGACUACUUCUCGCAACCAGGCAACCGAGUGUCUGCACAGCUCUUUCCCGGCUAUCUUGCCUCUCAACAAUUUUCGCCAUCACAUGAGUCUCCUCGCGAGAUUCGCCGUGCCGUCAGCGGCGACGGAAAUCUCUCACGCUCCAAUGCUCGUUACACAUCUCAACAUAACCGCAUCCCUUCUCGUAUAAGGAGCCCAUUAGCCAACGAGGUCACCUUCCGCGUCAACCCCCACGUCACAUUUGAUAGCUUCGUAGUCCAGCACGCUUCUGGGAAGGGUGAGGCUUACCGUGGAGCAGUGAAUGCUGCUAUGAAGGAGGAAGUUGAGACGAACACGAAGGCUGGCGGCGGGGUAACAACACAGAGUUCAAAGUGUGUGAGUAAGAUAGCCAGCAUUCCUACCCUCAAAGUAAAGAAGAUAAGGAAUGCUGAAGUUGGCCUAUCAAAGAGUGUUGACUCCCAGAGCUUGUCUAACUCAGAUGCGCAUCGGGAGAGGAUUGCUCCUGUCCGGAUUUGUUGGUAA